CGGGGCCGACAUAACUGAAAGAUAAUGUUUUUAUGGAGAUAGUUUAUUUAAUUUUCUUUUCUUAGUAGUGCGUGUUACUGGGUUCUGUUAGCUGCUGGUCCCCAAUUUCUGAUACAGGCUAUAUAGGUCCCCUAUUGAUGUCAGUUUUACAGUAAUUUGGAAAGUAGUGGUGUGAGAUAGCUUUGCUGGAACGGCGGUGAUAUGUCUUUGAGUUGCAACGCAAGGAGGAGAAGGAGAGACUCGGGUGCCGAGUUACAGGAAGAGCUGGGGAGCCCAUGUACACAUAGUGAGCGAAGCAGCCCGGCGGAGGACAAUGGUCAUCUGGAGUACCGUGUGUGUCCCAAGUUAGCCCAGGAGGAAGAGGAAGUAGCUGAGAGGGAGCACUUCUGGAAGAUCAUCAACACAUACUGCUGCUAUGGAACACACCUUCAUGAAAGAGUGAAUCGUUCAGAAAGACAAUUUAAGUCCCUGGCAAUAAAGCAACAAAAAAUUCUUCCCCAUUUCCUUUCACAUUUGGACACAAUCCGCAAGUGCAUAGAUCACAAUCAGAAGAUUCUGCAGACUGUCGUGGAUGACUGUACCCACAUGUUUGAAAAUAAGGAAUAUGGCGGCAAUGGUUACAGGAAGAGUACCCCUGCAUCAACAUUUGAUAUGGAUAAACUAAAGUCUACCAUAAAGCAGUUUGUACGAGAUUGGAGUGAAGAUGGCAAACUUGAGAGAGAUGCUUGUUAUCAACCUAUCAUUGAUGAAAUCUCAAAGGCUUUCCCAAAAGAUAAAUGUGAUGUCUCGAAAGUGAAUGUCUUGGUGCCGGGAGCAGGACUUGGUAGGCUGACUUGGGAGAUAGCCAAACUUGGGUACUCUUGCCAGGGAAACGAGUGGAGCUUCUUUAUGCUGUUUUCUUCUAAUUUUGUGCUUAAUAGAUGUUCUCAAAUUAAUGCUUUUAAACUUUAUCCUUGGAUCCAUCAGUUUAGCAACAACCGGAGAUCAACAGAUCAAAUAAGACCAGUUUACUUUCCUGAUGUUAAUCCUCAUGACCUCCCAUCCAAUUCCAACUUUUCCAUGACAGCUGGCGACUUCCUGGAAAUCUACACAGAAAAUGGUGCUUGGGAUUGUAUAGCAACGUGUUUUUUCAUAGACACAGCACAUAAUGUCAUUGACUAUAUUGACACAAUUUGGAGAAUACUUAAACCUGGAGGGAUAUGGAUUAAUUUAGGCCCUCUGCUAUAUCAUUUUGAAAAUUUAGCAAAUGAACUUUCUAUAGAACUGAGCUAUGAAGAUAUCAAACAUGUCAUGCUACAGUAUGGAUUUCAUAUAGAGGUAGAGCGAGAAUCUGUGACAUCAACUUACACCGCAAAUAGUUUAUCUAUGAUGAAAUACUAUUAUGACUGUAUAUUUUUUAUGGCUCGCAAGCCAGAGUAGCAGUUUGUUUCCAAGUUUAAUGAACUAUAGGUAUAAAAUUGGUUAUCAUGAAAUGGACUCAAGACUAUGAGUGGACACAACUACCAAUCAGUGUUACAUUUUUAUCUUUGACAGAGUGGCUUCAUUUUAAUUUAACAUUGGUUUACUUUUUUACACGGAUACCCACAUUGUUUUUUGCCUAUACUACUGGAGAUGCAGAACAUCAAAUUUACAAACAAUACAGUAGGCAACCCAUUUGUUCUUUUCUGUAUGAAAUAGUUUUUUGUUAUCAACAUAAUCUGUAUACUCUAAUGCUUCAAAGGGUAUUUUUUCAAGAUGUAUAUUUUUAUGUAGUUUGUAGUUCAAUUAAAUAUUCAAACAUUCUUACCUUAAAAAAAUGAAAUGAACACUUUACCUUACUGUUGUCAACAUAAAUAGCUGUUUUGAUGGAUCUGUUUAUUUUAAUCGCACCUGACCCUGAAUCUGCAGGGUCAAUAAACAUGAGGGGGUUUCCUGAUAUCACUACUUUUUAAGGCAUUCUCAUUUUCUUGUUGAAUGAUACAGUUUGGCCCAGACAUUUAACCAAUUUAGUAAUGGGAAUAUCAGAGGAAAAACUUGCCUAAAGUACCGUAAAGUUUUACUAUUUGCGCUAUCACUCGGUUUAAACCGCAAUAGAGCCUUUGUUUUGUUUUUUACUUUACCUAUCAAAACUUUUUUUUUUUUCCUGUAGACAACCCAAGGUAUUGAUCUAGGCCCAUUAUGGUAUAUUUCAUGCCACUGUUUCUACGCCAAAUGCGAUCAUAUAUUCAAACUUUGGGUUACUCACUAAAAUUAUUUACAUACUGCUAAUGCAGUCCUAUUACAAAUGAUUAUAAAAGCUUCUCUGGGAUCUAAUUGUUCACAAAAAGCAGACAUGCAGUGAUUUUCCAUUGCUUUUUGGUAAUAAGAAGGCCGUUAAUUGCAGCUGCGCACCACACGUCUAAUAUUCCUAGCAGUGAAGAAGUUGAUUAGUUAUAACUAGCAAGGGUAAUAUUAUUAUAGUGUACAUAUUACCCACCAGACACCUCCCACCAAACUCAUCUCUACCUGAUCCCUCCCAAACAGGUCUUGUUUUUUAUUAAUAAAAUAUUUCUGUAGUGUAGCAAUCCCCCCUCACCCCCAAGCGAUUGCUAAUAGGAACCAACCCUCCUCUUUACUCACCAAAAUUUAAAAAAAAAAUUUCCUCUAGCGUAGGGAACCCUCUCCUUACUCCCCCUUCCUUCUAUGUGCCGCCUGUCUGCCUCACUCCGUACCUCCCAUACCACCCACGGCAUCACCACAAGCCGAUACAGACAGUGCCACAGAGUCACUGUAUCAGCAAUCUACCUUUUUAUAUGGUAAAGAAAGAAAAAUCUGUUCUUCCAUACCAUAUGAAGGCAGACGCCUUCUGCCUUUGGCUGCAGUAUCUCCACUGUCAAAGCUGACCACAAGGGCCGUAAGAGGAGCCAGAGUGUUGGACGUAGGUAGUGGGCAAAGUACUGUGUGAAAUAGUACCUACGUCCAUUUGGCUUAAGGGGUUAUGUGUUCAUGUAUAUAUUCAUUUGGUUUCAGGAGAAUGCAAAUUACUGUAGUGAUGCUCAGCAUUCAAAAUUCAUAUUAAAAUUGGAUAUCUUUAAGAUGAACCUAGUUAAUGUGAUUCAAUUUAAGAAGAGAUGUUUAGAAGAUAACUGUCGCUUAAAUUAUCUCAUAUUAAGUAGCAUUUAAAUUUAUAGAAGCAAUAUAGGAAGUGCAUGAAAAAUCCUCCUGAGCUUAAAAUAACCCAUUUCAAAAUUAUUUUUGUUGCUGUAGAAACAGAUAAUGUAUGGUGAAGAAAGAUAACAUAACAUGAUCUCUAAUAAGUCCUUGGAUUUCCACUAUUUAUUUCUAUUUUUAAGAACGGAUUAACGUUUCCCUCUCCUUGUUUUUCAUUGUUGUAUGUUAACAAGCAUUGUAGAUCAAUUACAUUCAUAAUGAGGAUAAAAACAUAGUUCACACAAAAGUCUUCUUGCAUCUAUAUAAUUUAAUUUAUGGUAGUACCAUUGAAAACAGGAAAAUGUUAACAUGUAUAAGCAGAUGAAUUUACUUGGGUUACCAAGUGGCUAUGAUUUAAAUAGAUACUACAGUACUUUUUCUACCUCCCUUAAGUGUUUGACGAAAAAUGUUUACAGCAUUGCUCGAUAUUAAAGGGAUACUAAACCGAAUUUUAUUUAUUUCAAGAUUCAGAAAGAGCAUACAAUUUUAAGCAACUUUCUAAUUUACUCCUAUUCAUUUUUCUUCAUUCUCUUGGUAUCUUUAUUUGAAAAAGCUGGAAUGUAAAGCUUUAAAGUUUAGCACCCUGAGUAGGGCUUGCUGAUUGGGGGCUACAUUUAGCCACCAAUCGGCAAGCACUACCCAGGUGCUGAACCAAAGAUGGGCCGACUCGUAAACUUACAUUCCAGCUUUUUCAAAUAAAGAUACCAAGAGAAUGAAUAAAAAUUGAUAAUAGGAAUAAAUUAGAAAAUUGCUUAAAGGGACAGUCAAGUCCAAAAUAAACUUUCAUGAUUCAGAUAGGGCAUGUAAUUUUAAACAACUUUCCAAUUUACUUUUAUCACCAAUUUUGCUUUGUGCUCUAGGUAUUCUUAGUUGAAAGCUACACCUCGGUAGGCUUAUAUGCUAAUUUCUUAGACCUUGAAGGCCACCUCUAAUCUGAAUGCAUUUUGACAGUUUUUCAUUACUAGAGGGUGUUAGUUCAUGUGUGUGAUAUAGAUAACAUUGAGCUCAUGCUCGUGAAGUUACCUAGGAGUCAGCACUGAUUGGCUAAAAUGCAUGUCUGUUAAAAGAACUGAAAUAAGGGGGCAGUUUGCAGAGGCAUAGAUACAAUGUAAUUACAGAGGUAAAACGUGUAUUAAAACUGUUGGCUAUGCAAAACUGGGGAAUGUGUAAUAGAGGGAUUAUCUAUCUUUUUAAACAACAAAAAUUCUGGUGUUGACUGUCCCUUUACAAUUGCACGCUCUAUCUGAUUCAUGAAAGAAAAAAAUGGGUUCAGUAUUCCUUUAAAGCACAUGAAAAAAAUAUGAUAAAGUUUGUAGCAUCUGUAAUUGAUAUUGGUUAUUCUAUUUUUACCUAACAAGUAAGCGUUAAUGUGCAUAGCAUGGUAUUCCUUCAAGAUAUGUUAGUAAUUAUUUUGUGUAGAUCACAAUAAAAUAUAUAGCCAUUAAAGGCUCCCUGUUUAACUUCAUGGGACAUUAAAUUCAAGAGCUGCAGUUUUUACUUUCAGACAGAUUUUGUACAGGAAAAGGGACCCCCAUCCAUCAGUCCCAUCUCUAUCCCACAUGAACAUGUUAGGGAUGCGCAUAUUAAUUUGCUUUUACCAGUAGACCAGGGCUUUUUCAAACAAGUCCUGAGGCCUCCAUAACAGGCCAUAUUUUAAGGAUUACCUUGGGUGAGAGCAGGUUAAUAACCAUUGUUACAAACCAGCUGAUUAUUUCAACUGGGCUCCAGUUCUGAUAUCCUGAAAAUGUGUCCUGUUACUUUAUUAUAAUGUGAUAUUGAAUAAUAAAUAGAAAGCUAUUAUUACUAUUGUACAAAGAGAUUAUCUAUUUACUGUUACUGUCCCUUUUAAUUACAUAAUUCUGACUCUUUUCCAUGAUAAACAAGUGAGAGAGGCAAAAAGUAAGCAGUCUUUCACUGAAAAAUACAGGAGUUCAGAUGAUAAUUUCUUAAGUAUGCAGGAAAAAAAAAAGUUUACAUCCAACCAAAAUGCCUUGGCAAGCAGCAGUAUGUUUUAUAGUGGGACUAGGGAAGCAUAUCAAACAUAGAACACACUAAUCAAAUCUGCUUAAAGGGAUAUGAAACACAAUUUAUUUUCUUUCAUGAUUCAGAUACAGUAUGCAAUUUUAAGCAACUUACACCUAUUAUCAAUUUUUCUAUUGUUCUCUUGCUAUCUUAAUUUUGAAAAGCAGGAAUCUAAACGUAGAAGCCAGCCCAUUUUAGGUUUAGAACCUGGGUAGCACUUGUGGAUUGGUGGUUACAUUUAGCCGCCAAUCAACAAGCAGUAACCCAGGGUGUUGCACUAAAAAUGGUCUGGCUCCUAAUUUUACAUUCCUGCUUUUUUUUAAAAAAGAUAGCAAGAGAGCAAAGAAAAUUGAUUAUAGGAGAAAAUUAAAAAAAAGUUGCUUAAAAUUGCAUGCUGUAUCAUAAUCAUGAAAUAAAAAAUGUAGGCGUCAUAUCCCUUUAAAGAUACACUGUACUAGGGCUGUGAAUAAUUCAUGAGUUGCCUUUGCUAAAACCUUACUUUAUAUACAGUAUAUGCAAGGUGGUAAACCUUUAUGAAACAUCAAACACUAAAUAUUAGAAAUUCAACUCCAUUGAUUUGUGUGAUUUCUAUAUUGUAAAGUGACCGAUAAUUUAUUUUGUGUAUUACAUUUUUUUAAUGUUGAUUUUUCUUGUUAUAUAUUAUGAUAGACAAACUUCUUAAGCUAUGGGGAAUUGUGUACCUUCUCUAUAGUAACAUUUACUAAAACAUUUCAUAUAUAGGUUUGGGUUUAAAUUAAAGUUCUAGACUGAAACAUGAAUGGGUGGAAAUGUCAGAUGGUAUGUAUAUGUCCCCCCCCCCAUCCUGUAUAUUCUUCUAUAUAGAGUGCAGAAAUAUGUUUUUACAGCAUUGAGGUAAAAAAAUCAGUGUUAAUGUAAUAACCGAAUGUUAUCAAUAUUAAUCAAUCAUUUAAUGACUUUUAAAGUUAAUGUUAUUUUUGUUGAAACCAAAGUUUUGUUUUUUUUUGACAGACAGCAUACAUUAAAUCUCUAUACACCA